AUGUCUAACAGCCUUGGUGUAAAGAUCCGUGCAGCUUUUGGGGCCAUUGUCUUUCUGGUCGCCAUCAUGGCCUUCUUGCUGAUUGACAUCUACCACCGAGCACGCCGCACUUACAGAGCGGUCGCUUACCACAGAAACCUUCAAAACUUCCUUUACUGGAUCACCUCUGGACUCCAGCCGUACAAUCAGUUUGCCGAUAGGGACGAAAGUAAUCGGGGCUACUACUACCACUGGCGCGUUGGAACGAUGUUGCGUAUUCAUUUAGAGGACGCAGUAACGGCUGGCUUGUAUACUUUCCUUUUUCUUCUUCUCUUUCUGUUGUUUGGUGUCUGGAUAAUCCAGUAUUGGAUAGCAAGGUGGCUUUUUGGAUGA